CUUUCAAGGAAAGCAAUGUUGUUUUCACUGACAGUACUCCCAGCUUUGCAAAUGGCUAUAUUAAAGUUGAAUUCUAUAUUAAAUUGACCGGAAUACAGACAGUUUUUCCCGGAGCACAGCCAUUUUAUGUGAUAAGAAAAUCCUCCCUUAUAAAUAUGACUGAAAGUGGAGUGGCUGAAUUGAACUCUUCAUUGGGAUUUACAACAUCAUUUAUUGAUGGCGAAUUGAUUGCUGGAGGAGUUGAUUACUCAAUGGAGAAGAUUGUCUUACCAAUUACAUUUAUUGUGUUUCUGAUUUUGUUAAUAGUAGUCUACGCAUGUGAAAAAACACAUGAUGAAAUAGAGGAGCUAAAAAGAAGGCACGGGCAUGGAAGCAAGACAAGGGUUUCUCCUGGUAUAGAAAUGCACAAGGUCGACAAUCAAUGCGAGACAGAAAAUCAUAAAGGUGACAAAGAUAUUAGAAUUAGAGAUGACAGUCAGAAACACCAACAGUUCUCUGCAGAUUCUUCUGACUCUAGUUGCGAUGAUGUCGAUUCUCCAGGUUUGAACCCUGAGUCAAAAUACAACGACAGUGUUUAUGGUCACCAUGGACACGUUCCUCGAAUUGGAUUACCUACUGGCCCAACACCAUACGCCUACCCAAGAAGGCCUGUCAAAGUAAAAAACCUGGAGGAAUCGCCGCCACCAGGCUAUGAUGAACCACAACAGAAUGCUAUACCUGUACAAGAUCCACCUUCUCAGAAACAAACCGUGGAAAAGCCACCUUUGUUGGAGUCUGUGGUAGGGCCACCUGCAAUACAGCACACAACACCUGCAAAACAGUCACCAGCUCCUACUAAAAGAUUACCUCCUCUGAUUGCAGUCAAUAAUUCAGAUGCUGUGGAGCAAUUGAAUGGAGUUCAUCAACCAAUGCAGGCUGCCCCAGUCAGAACCAGAGGGCAUCGUCAAAAACCUGACAAAGCAACUCCAAACGGAGAUCAAGCACCAGCAGAAGAAAUCAGUCAGCCUGUUCUAAAAGAUACACCACCAUCAGACCGUGAAAUGUUUGUUGAAUUGCAGACAAAUGCUUCAAAAUCUCCCAAUAGUGAGGUUAGAGAAGCACCAAAAAAGAAACACAAGAAACAUAAGAAGAAAAAGCACAAUACGGGUGAAGAAGAGGAAGAAGAACUAUGCGGUGAUGAUGAAAUGCUACAGAAAAGAAAGAAACAUCGCAAAAAGAAGAAGAAAAAACAUCGCCAUAGACACUCUGAUGAAGAUGAUGAUGAGAAUUGAGAGAGGAGAAUUUUUUUCAGCAUUCAAUGAAGAUUAAAUGGUUGUUCAAAAUUUGCUCUUAUACAAAUCAGUUGUAACAUUUCGCCAAUAUCAGUAUCAUCUAAAUCAAAACAUAUGAAAAAAAGAUGUUCUUUAUAAUUUAGCAAGGGGGUAUUAUUAUUUAUACUGCCUUAUUUAUAGUAUUUGUUUUAUGAAUAUGUUGUAGGUCCAGAAUAAGUUUAUUUGUAUACGAACAUGAGAAUGAAGAUAUCGACAAACAUGUGAUAUAGAAUAUUUUUAUCAUUAACUAAAAUAGUAUUGAUAAAAAUACAGUAGAACCCCUACUAAGGGGACACAUUCGGGACCAAAAAAGUGUCCGCAUAGGGCUGUCCCCUAAAUAGGUGUUGGCUUUAGUGUUAAAAUAUAUACUUUCACUCGUUUUAUGACUAAAAAAGUGUCCCUUAAUAGGGGUGUUCCUUAAUAGGGGUGUCCCAAAGUAGGAGUUCUACUGUACUAGUAAACUAAAUAAGGUAUUAUUAUUACUUACUUACUUAUUUGUGUUAUUUAAUAUCAUUUUCACUGAAAUUUCUAUUGAAUAAUCACCAUCUUGUCACUUCAAUAUCAUUCAUUGAUGCUAAUAAUUUU